AUGUUGACAACCGUUGCAAUGAGUUUGAAUAGAUAUACUUGUUGUAACUUUCCAUUGGUUCAUAAAAAGGUUGGUUUUAUACUUAUUCUAUGCUCAAUAAUCAAAUAAACUCGUAUGUAAAAAUACAUACUAAAAUAUAUUUUAUUAUAGUUUUGGACUAGACAUAUGAAUAAAAUAAUUGCAUUUAUUAUCAUUAUUCCACUUUUAUGUUGUACUCCGAUUGCAAUCGCAAAAGUAUUUAUUUUUGUGUACAAUGGACAUGGCCAGAUGUAUUAUAUUCAUUAUUUUUCUUGGUUCAGAACAACUUAUCCAAAAAUAAUAAUUGGAAUUCCUUCAGUUAUUUUUAUAAUUUACGCGAAUAUUUCUGCUGUUAGAAAUUUGGAAAAACUGAAUCGAGAUAUGAUUCGAGUUGAAUUCGCUAUGACUUUGGCAACUAUUUUUGUAUCUAUUGGAUUUUUUGCAAUGCUGAUUUUCAGUGCCUCGUAUACAAUCGCAUCAGAAAAAUAUUUGGAUCAAAGUCCAAUGCUUGUUUCUGCAAUUCUUGCUCUUCAACAAAUUUGUAAUGAUUACUAUAUGUUGAGUGGACCUGUAGUUUUGAUUAUUCUGGACAAAAGAAUACGUCAAGCAGUUUUGUGCUGUAGAAGAUCAAGGAAAUUUUCUGUUCGACAGAAAACAACAACUAUCACAAUGUCGGGGAUAAUUCCACAUAAUUAG